AUGAACAGCAAAGUUUACUACCCUCCUGAAAAUCAAUUAAAAUCCCCUGAAAAAUCUCAAAUCCAUAAAGAAAAAAUAGCAGCUCCUUCUAGCAGCCUUGAUUUGCUUCUAAACAGUUCCAAUGACAAACUAGAAAUGAGGACAUACAAAAGUCCUAUCCUCAGAGAAAAAAUUAAAGUCAACGAUCUUGCAUCAAAGCCAAGCAAACGCAAAGAAGGCAAAAUUGAACGGUCUAAAAGCCAAAUUGUGAAUGAUUUCCGUUGAAGCCCACAUAAAGAAUAUAAAUGCAAUGGAAAACUUACAGAAAAAACAUUAAAUGAAGCAUCACUAAUGAACCAGAAACUAGAAAUGACUAAUAAGAUUAAAAAAAUAAUAAAAAAAGCGAAAGAUAAGAAAAAGAAACUCCGUGACCCUCUCCAUAGAGAAAUAAGCCUUAUUAUUUCCAAAACAUUGGUUAAAGAUAAAAUACAUGACCCGAUAACUGGCACAAUAAAACAAUAUAACAUUGACCGUUCCCGUCCACUUUCUUUAGGCAAUAAAAAGGCGCCCAUCAUUUCUGGUAAAAUCAAUGAAUUUUCACCUCCGAGAUCCGCAUAUGUGAGUGCUAGGGAUGAUAAAUGCCAUCAAAAAACCAUUAAUCCUAUUACAGGUGAAACUAAAGAAAGCUUCCACACCCGUUCUAUUUCUUACGAAGAAGAUAAAUUUUCCCCACCGAAGUCAGCAGCAUCUACUGUAUCCAGUGCAAAUUUUGAGACUUUUUCUAUUAAUCGCUCGCCAUCUCCAGUCGAUUAUUCAAGUAUGUUCAACUCAAAAAAAAUCCUCAAGGGAAUGGGAGCUCAUUAUCAGAAAUCAAACUUAACUUAGCUUAACUUAAGUAGACGGGCUCAUGCCCUUAAUUUUAACGCAAUCACCGAGGAUCCCUUGGGGGAUUCAUCCGCUUUGCGACCUUUCUUCCGUCGGGUCUCCUCCUUGUCUCUUGUAAAAGGCUCCAGUGUUGAGUGGGCAGAUUACGGGUUUGUGCGGCCUCCUGAGGCUGAGAGAAAACGAAAUUGGUAUUCCGAAACCCCAAAAAAAUGGAGUUUCUGGUAGCCUGUCGGCAAAAGGGUGAAGUCCAGAUCCUGGGACGUAACGCCCAGUUUCACGCUAGGCAGUUGCCCGAUGGAUCUAGGUAUUACCUGUAGACCUUGCUGGGCUUGCCCUUUCCAAAUCUGGACCCUCCUUUUCUUCGAGGUAAAAAACCAGUCUCGAAUUUGGACUUGGGCUAGGCUCUGCUACCUGCAGAAUUGGUUACCAUAGCAUUGCUGUCCUUUUCAAGGCUAGAAAAACCUUGCCGGAUAUAAUUAAAAUAUGUAUGGCUGUGAGGCCAUACCUAGACGAAGACGCCAUAUAUUUUAAUUAUAUCAGAAAUCAAACGUUUUUUAA